CGCGGUGGGGCGGUGCGGCGGUGACGUCAGCGCGCCGGAAGGAAAGGGCUCGGCGGCGGGUGGCGGGAGGAUUUGGCGGCAGCAGUGGAGCGGGACGGGAGGAGUGGAGUCAUGAGUGUGCGGCUCAGCGAGGGCGCCAUUGCGGCCAUAAUGCAAGGGGAGAGCAUUUCCAAGCCCGUGCUGCAAGUCAUUAAUACACGGGCUAUUGCUACGGGAAAUGGGCCCCCGCGUUACCGAGUGUUGAUGAGCGAUGGGGUUAACACACUCUCCUCAUUCAUGUUAGCAACGCAGCUGAACUCUCUGGUGGAAGAGGAACGCUUAGCGGCCCAGUGUGUUUGCCAAGUUAACAGAUACAUCGUUAACUGCCUGAAAGAUGGAAGGCGAGUGGUUAUACUGAUGGAUGUAGAUGUGCUGAAAACCGCUGAUAAGGUUGGUGGGAAUAUUGGCAACCCGGUGCCGUACAAUGAAGGGCAAGGGCAGCAACGUCCUUCAGCUCCAGCUGCAAACCCAGCACCCAGUAAACCACAGCAAGCAAACGGCAAUUUUUCAGUACCAGGUCCUGCUGCUCCAAAGUACCAUCCUCCCUCAAACCAGUUCAGUAAAGCCAGCGCUCCCGGCUCAAUGAAGACACCAGUGGGGUCCCAGGCCAAAGUAGUGCCGAUUGCCAGCUUGAACCCGUACCAGUCCAAGUGGACAAUUUGUGCUCGUGUUACCCAAAAAGGCCAGAUCCGCACGUGGAGCAACUCCCGUGGUGAAGGAAAGCUCUUUUCUAUAGAGCUGGUUGAUGAAAGCGGUGAGAUUAGAGCUACUGCAUUCAAUGAUCAAGCAGACAAGUUCUUUCCACUCAUUGAAUUGAACAAGGUAUAUUAUUUUACUAAGGGCAAUUUGAAGACUGCUAACAAGCAAUAUUCAGCUGUUAAGAAUGACUAUGAGAUCACAUUCACUAAUGAGACUUCAGUUGUGCCCUGUGAUGAUGCCCAGCAUCUUCCAUCUGUUCAGUUUGACUUUGUAUCCAUCGCUGACUUGGAGAACACACCGAAAGACUCAAUUGUUGAUAUAAUUGGAAUUUGUAAGAGCUAUGAAGAUGUCACUAAAAUUGUAACAAAAGCUAACAAUAGGGAGGUAUCGAAGAGGAACGUGCACCUGAUGGACACAUCAGGGAAACUGGUGACGGCUACGCUAUGGGGCAAUGAGGCUGAGCAGUUUGAUGGUUCUAGACAACCUGUGGUAGCCAUCAAAGGAGCCCGAGUCUCUGAUUUUGGUGGUAGAAGCCUGUCUGUCAUGUCCUCGAGUACAGUUGUCAUCAACCCUGAUAGCCCAGAGGCUUUUAAGCUCAGAGGAUGGUUUGACGCCGAGGGGCAGCUGCUGGAAGGUGCCUCGAUCUCGGAUGUGAGAGGUGGGCCAGCGGCAGGGGCCAACACCAAUUGGAAAACUUUGUAUGAAGCCAAAUCUGAGAACUUGGGCCAAGGAGAUAAGGCAGAUUAUUUUAGCUGUGUGGGCACAGUCGUACAUCUGCGCAAAGAGAACUGUAUGUACCAGGCAUGUCCCUCGCAGGAUUGCAACAAGAAAGUGAUAGACCAGCAAAAUGGCCUGUAUCGUUGUGAAAAGUGCGAUCGUGAAUUCCCCAACUUCAAGUACCGCCUGAUGCUUCUGGUGACCAUUGCGGACUGUCUAGACUAUCAGUGGGUGACUUGUUUCCAGGACACAGCAGAAUUCAUUCUUGGGCAGAAUGCGGCUUUCAUGGGAGAGCUAAAGGAAAAGAACGAGCAGGCGUUUGAAGAAGUGUUCCAAAAUGCAAACUUCAACACGUAUGAGUUCAGGAUCCGAGUCAAACUGGAGACUUACAAUGACGAAUCUCGUAUUAAGGCUACAGCAUUGGAUGUCAAGCCUGUGAACUACAGAGAAUACAGCAAGAGAUUGAUUGCAAGCAUCAGGAGAAACGCUCAGCUAGGCUGAGGACCCUGGUGGUGUCUGAUUGAAGCUAGAACUUCCAGGAAAAGCUCAACUGAUGAUAUCGCAUUGACUUUUUUCCCCACCCCACGUGUGACAAUUUGGCAUUAAUUACACCAUGCGUGGUAGUCCAGUGUAGUGGGCUCAGUGAUUUAAUGCAUUUCUCUGAAGAUUUGCCCCUGGCAGGUAAGAGUGCACUCUGAUGGCCACGAUGUCGUGGACUGUUGUAGUCUGCUAAGCUGUGAUGGCUCUGGAGAGGAAUCUCCAAACAGAUUGCCAGGCUCUUCACACAAACCAUUCUGAAUGUCUGAAGUAAUUUUGCUUUCUUACAAUAGGUACAGCUGAAUUGUAUAACCAUUGUGACUUCUUUGCCAGAAAGUAGUGACAAACUUGACAUUUUGACUUGUUACAGCAAAGGGCAGGAGGAAGAGUGUCAGACGGAUUUCAGAUAUGGAUGAAGGAGAACAGGUCUGUUAGCGCAAGUGAGUUCCUUUCCAUAGAAUUCAAAGUCUUUCUCUUUCCACAGGUGCCAUGCAGUUGUUAAUGCUUGGAAUGGCAAUAUGGUAGAAUUAUUAAUCAAAGACAUAUCUCUUAUAUCUGAAGAAUAUCCUUCCUUCAGGGUUUAAUAGGCUGAGUCAGAUGGGUCUGAUAUUAAUCAAAAUUGUCUCUUCUGAGGAAGGCAGAUAAGCAUUGACUCUCCAUCCCCCAGGGAAACGUAGGCAACUACAAAGCAUUGCUUUAGUUUUCUCUUCAAUUAAUACUAUGGGUUUUUGGCUGAUUUUAGGACACAUUUCCUGCCUGUGCAUAUUUUCUAUGUUUGUAUGUUCAGUUUCUUUGGUUUUAUUUGUGAUGAUGUUAACCAGAAACAGGUCUUUAAUGGGGGGACCUUUGUUUCAAUAAACGCUGUUUAAUUCCUGUGUA